GUGGCCCGGAGGACUCGGAGACAAAAAGUAAUGUAAUGUCUGUGAGCAUGUGUGAUCACUAUUAUUCAGAAAAGUGAUGUUAUUCUUCAUUGCAGCAGCGAUAAAAGUCAAUCGAGAGUCGGUUCGCACGCACAUUUGGCUGAGGGACUGUGCAUUGGUUCGUCCGAUUCUUCGCUUCCGCUCUGGAAUUUGUUGCAGAAAUGUCGAUUAUUCACCACAAUCCGCUCUACGUUCCUCCGCCGCGGUCUCGGUAUUCGUCGCUUGGCGGAAAUCAAUUCAGAAAUUUGCUGCCGAGAUGCGCGACGAAGAAUGGAAAAUUUCACGCAUCUGUCGAAGUCAAGGUUUCGAAUUUGCUGCCGUUCGCUUUGCCGAAUUCGAGCGGCGACGGAUUCUCUACGUCUUCUUUUAAUCAGUUGCUUGAGGCUUUGAUAAGCGGGAAAAAUUUAUCGGAAGCUGAAGCUGAGGCUUCUCUCGAUUUCUUGUUGGAUGGCGCUGAUGAGGCUUUGAUCAGCGCUUUUUUGGUGCUUUUGAGAGCUAAAGGAGAAACUGAUGAAGAAGUAGCUGGGCUGGCAAGAGCAAUGCUACUGCACUGCAGGAAAGUCGAGGGAGUGACUGAUGCAGUCGAUAUUGUCGGGACAGGUGGGGAUGGUGCAAAUACAGUGAACAUUUCUACAGGGGCUUCAAUUCUAGCAGCAGCUUGUGGGGCAAAAGUUGCUAAGCAAGGGAAUCGGUCGAGUUCAUCUGCUUGUGGUAGUGCUGAUGUUCUCGAACAAUUGGGAGUUGAAAUUAACUUGGGACCAGAGGGGAUUGCAGAGUGCAUAAACGAAGUGGGAAUUGGCUUCAUGCUGUCUCCAAUUUAUCAUCCAGCAAUGCAAAUUGUUAGGCCAGUUAGGAAAAAGCUUAAAAUAAAGACCGUGUUCAAUAUCUUGGGCCCCAUGCUGAAUCCGGCACGAGUUCCUUUCGCUGUUGUUGGAGUAUACCAUGAGGAGCUGGUGCAUAAAAUGGCGAGUGCUCUUCAAAGGUUCGGCAUGAAAAGAGCAUUGAUUGUCCAUUCCGAGGGAUUGGACGAGAUGAGUCCUCUUGGGCCUGGAUUAGUCCUCGAUGUCACUCCAGAUAAGAUAGAAAAGUUCGCAUUUGAUCCGCUGGACUUUGGGAUCCCUCGGUGCACUGUUGAGGAUUUGUGCGGCGGAGAUCCAAAGCACAAUGCGGAUGCACUUAGACGUGUACUGGCUGGAGAAAAGGGGUCAAUUGCUGAUUCCUUGGUGCUGAAUGCAGCAGCCGCCCUUUUGGUCAGCGGCCGUGUAAGCAAACUUGCCGAGGGAGUGAAUCUUGCCCGCGCCAUUCAUCAGUCGGGCAAAGCUCUCAAGACACUUGAUUUGUGGAUCGAAAAAUCUAAUGUAAGGAGAUAAGAAGCCAAUCGAAAGCGAAAUCAGCAGCUGCUAAUGAGGUUCCGGUUCUCCAAUCGUAGUUUCCGUUUCGACGGCCGUGCGCCCCGUCGUCUUGUCUCGACUAAUUGUAAGUAGAUCGAAUCGAAUAUUUAUGAUAUCGCCGGCUGUAGGAACUACAUGCCUGAGAUAACUUAAAUGUUGAAAAGGGAUUGUAAUGUCUGUUCUUGUCAUGUUUUGGGGGUAGAUUUGUUGGAAUUUGUCUUUGUUCUUUGAAUGGUUAUAAAAUCAUGUAAGAAGGAAUUUUGUUUUUGUGCUCAUUGAUCUUGGAAUAGGAUUGGAUUACAUGUGUGAACUUUA